AGAGACAAACUGUUCCAAGUUGAGUGUCUGGCGGUAUUGCCGUAUCAUGUGAACAUGAACUCGCAACGCUCAAUGUCAGAAGCCAACAACAUGAAUUCGCAACGCUCAAUUACAGAGGCCAUGCAGAGGGCAGAGGGUAAGUUUUCAAAUAUAUAGUAGCUUCUAGAGAACCUUGUAACAAGCUUUCGUUGGUGGAGAUGCAACAACCUGAAAAAUAUAAGGCGAAUUUUGACGUUUCGAGCGAAGGCCCUUCGUCUGGAGUAUUAACUAAACUCAGUAAGUUUUAUAAUACUCCAGACGAAGGGCCUUCGCUCGAAAUGUCGGAAUUCGCCUUUAAUAUAGUUAUAUUUUUCAGGUAGUUGCGUGAAUCCCUACGAACGAAAGCUUGUUAAUGUUGGCACUACCAACACUGACACAUACAGUUCUAGAACCUUGUGCCUUGAGUUUAAUGAAUUGGCUACAUGAUAUAAUAUAGUCUUUAUACACUGUUAUAAAGGUCAGAGAUUUCCAGCACUGAUAAUCUCACAUGUGAGAUUAUAUUUAUGCAUAGUCACUCAGAUUUAUGAUAAUUUCUCAUGUGAAAAUUAUCGCUUUUCAGUUAAAACGCAUUGCCAUGGACGUUUUAUUGCUUUUCACUGAAUUUUGUUUGUAUAAUAAACAGAAAAAUACAUGGGUGCUUGGAAAUACCAGAUUUAUUUUGAGUGUUGAACAUGAUAUCUCACUCGUUCGCUGCGCUCACUCGUGAGAUAUCAUAUUCAACACUCAAAAUAAAUCUGGUAUUUCCGCGCACUCAUGUAUUAUUCUCUAUAUAUUUUAUAUGUUUAGCAAUCACAAUAGGCCUAUGUAUAAAUAUUGUGUCUUCUUGCGCAGAGUUGUAACGAUAUUUGAUACUAUAGGAACUCCAUGCUUGCCAGUAUAUAUUGCGUGGGUUUUGAGUAACUCUCUAUAGAGAAAUAUGUAAUAAGUGAUCAAGACUAAAUUUUGAUCUAAGCAAGUCUAGGCAGAAAUUUCACAAAAUUAUUUCGCGUCACAAAAUUAGUAAUAUUCCAAAGUUUCGUUGCGAAAUGUUGUAAAAUGCAGAUAAUAGAGACUAAUUGCGAUAUUUAUUAGAAUGUUAGGGUUUGUAAUCCAAGUGAGAAUAUAUACAUUUUAAGACCUAACCAGGAACGACUGCGAAAAAUGCAGCACAAGGUCCUCUGGUAGGAAUUGAACCUACGGCCCUGCGAUUCCGGUGCAGCGCUCUAACCAACUGACUGAACUGAGCUACAGAGGCCAGCUGUUGAGCUGUAACCACAAGUUCAUGUAUAUACACCCUUUUCAAAAAGGCGGAAAUUAGGGCGGCAUAUUAAUAAGGUGCAUGAAAACGAGGCUAGUUGGGCCUCGCGCGAUGCGGUUCUUCCAAAUUUAUAUGUAGUGUCUAGUGAGCAGUAAACGUUCAAAAAUUUGGCGAUAAAAACCUUUAAAAGGUCAUAUUGUGAACUGUAUUCAGCCCAUCAGAAAUGCCUGCAAAUUGUUGCGUCCCUAAAUGCACUAAAAAAGGUUCCAGAGAUGAGAACGGGUCAAAAAUAUCUUAUUAUAAGUUCCCUGAUAACUCGACGAUCAUGAAGCGAAAGUGGAUUCAUGCAAUUAGACGUGACGAAGGAAGAGAUUUCACUAUAACAAAGUGGACUAAAGUCUGUUCAAGACAUUUUAGAGAUUACGACUUUCAGAAAACACUGAAUGGCAGGAAAAAAUUGCGCCCGAACGCUAUUCCUUCGCAAUUUGAAUGGACUAGAAUGUCACCAAGAAAGCGCAAUGCACCUACUGUACGCGUGCCUAUAAUUGAUACUUCUAAUCCCAAUGAUAAUUUCUCGAGAGAUUUGAACUUAGAAACUUCAACUUCUGAUGGGGAAAAUAAUAACGAAAUUACUAUUGAUUGCCCAUUAAAGGAUGUAGAAACACAAACGGUGUCAAAUCAGAUUGAUACUGCUGUAAGUUCUUUUAUUUGUCAAAACGCUCCAAUCAAUGCCAAUGCGGGCAAUGACAACACAGAAAAACUAAAACAACAAUUGCUAGAUUACGAACGAGACUUGAAAAACGCGAAAUUAAAUAUUUUGUCUCUUGAGCAAAAAGUUUUCACGGCAGGUCGGUUUAAAGAUCACGACUCGUCUGUCCGAUUUUACACUGGUUUUGCAAAUUGGAGAACUUUCAUAGCUAUAUUUAACUAUUUAAAUCCUGGUCGUAACGGUGAGAACAUCAAAUACUGGUACUCUGAUUUGUCUCAAUGUGAAACAAGUGAUGACAAUAACACCACUAUGCCUAUGGAAAAUAAACCAAAAUUAGGUAGACAAAGAAAUCUCAAACCUCUUGACGAAUUUUUCGCCGUUAUGUGUAGGCUUCGACAAGGCUUUCAUGAGGAACAUUUAGCUAACCUGUUCGGUGUUUCGACAGCCACGAUUAGUCGUAUUCUAAUUUCCUGGAUAAAUUUUAUGUACUUGAAACUUGGGCAACUCAAUAUUUGGCCUUCAAGGGAAGCAGUCGACAAGUUCAUGCCUGAGAGUUUUAAAAAGAAGUAUCCGUCCACCAGAGUGAUCAUAGAUUGCACGGAAGUUCGAUGUCAAAUGCCAAACAGUUUGCAUUUAAACGGCGAAUUAUUCAGCAACUAUAAGCAUCACACGACAUUCAAAGGCUUGAUUGGUAUAAGUCCUGGAGGGGCAGUGACUUUCAUUAGCCAAUUGUACACUGGCAGUAUAUCGGACAGAGAAAUCGUCAUUCGAAGUGGAUUUCUUAAACUCCCUUUCCAAAAUGACGAUUCCGUUAUGGCAGACAAAGGCUUCACAAUCGAGGAUGUUUUACCCCUCGGUGUAUUACUGAAUAUUCCACCGUUUCUUGGGCAGUCCAGUCAAAUGUCCGCUAAGGAUGUUGUCAAAACGGAAGAGAUUGCCAGCUUGCGGAUACAUGUAGAACGAGCUAUUAACAAAAUAAAGAACUUUCAUAUAUGGGACUCAGUCAUACCACUUAGUCAGGUUGGAAUUUUAAACCAAAUGUGGACAGUGUGUGCAAUCUUGUGCAAUGCUCAACCAAAUAUUAUCUCUACUUGACGCGUUAUACACUGACUGUAUAUAGUUUUAAUUGUUUACGUUUGCACAAUUAUAUAUGAAAUGUACAUUUUUAAUGAAAUUAUGAAAUGUACACCCUGAGAACGAAUUCCUAUUGGUUAAGAUAUUCAAAACUAUCAUUUCUAUUACUGUAAUACUGCAUAACUGCUACUGCUCAUAGUCGAGGACAAUACAGUCUGACGAAGUUUUUACUUGUUUGUAUUUAUAUUUAACAGUUAUCAGUAACGCAAAUAUUAAUACAUUUAUUUGUUAAAAUCAGCUGCUGCAACUUUAAUCAUGUUUAAAAUAAUAUUCGGUAAGUUUAUUUCUGACCGUACUCCAAAACGCAGGUUCAAAUGGAAUUCUUUCAACAUACAAGCCUUUGCUUGUGUAAACAAUAAAAUCGCACCAUUUACAUCCAGUAACUCCCAUUUGACCUUGUACCUGGGAAAAAUACGCGUGGUUUCUUUUCAGUCUACAAUGUGUGUUACUAUUUUUUUCCAUGCAGAAAUUUGGAUCUGAGCAUGCAUCCAGUGGUGCAACAUUAAAUUUAGUAGAUGGGCAUUUAACUUCAGCCAGCCCAAAGCAAACGGAGCAUCCAGGGUCGAUAAUUCUGGCAUCAGGUGUUGCUCCAA